AGGGUGGAUAUUGGUAAUGACAAUCAUCACACUCUUAGUGGUGCAUUCUUCCUGGGAAGGUGCAGCAACCGAUCUGACAUCUCAAUUGUGGAAUGAAGGGGUAAAGAAAGGGUCUAUACUGUGGAUAGAUGCUCACUGCCAGGGAGGAGUAAUUUCUUCGUGUCACCUCACAGCAUAUUAUGAUGAUAGGUUCGAGACGACCGAGGAGCAAACCUAUAUAAAGUACAAACUGAUAAACGAUUCAUUCUCAUGGGAAACCUUCUACAACCAAGCAGAUCAGUUUGUCUCUAUGUUGGAGCCAAGAGAUGUUAUUUCCAUCACAGCUUCCUGCAGCAUGAGCUAUAAAAUAAACUAUAUACCAAUAGUAUCAAACGCCGUUUUAUUUGUCUUCUACUACGACAACAUCUACUACCACAACAAUUUUCAGUUGACAGUAUGGGGCGAUCCCAACACUGCGAUCCCAACAGCUGCAAUUUCAUUUGAAUCGAUACCAUUACCUGCACUGAUGAUGCCUGCAAGGGAAAUGCUGGAACUCACUUUAAAUGCAAAUUUAAAUGCAAGGAAGCAUAGGGAAAAGCAAAUCAUAAAACACUGCGAGGUAAGAGACCAUAGCUGGAGCGAUGCCGCAGCAAAAAUUAUCAGUGAGCUAGAAGACAAAGGGGCUAAGGCAGGACAAAUAAUUGCGAUAGACGCGCAUAAUAAUGACCAAGAUGGAUGGGCGAUCUUCUCUGCGUGGUGGAACGAGUCACUCCCUGAGUUCGGAGACUUAAAAGGAUAUAUGAUGAAGGAGGGAAUAAAUAAUCGUGACUCUUGGAAAGAACAGGCAAUCAAAGCAAGAGAUAGUAUUGCAGAAAAGAGUGAUGGAAAAGAGAUGAUAAAAGUCUUCUCAUUCACCUCUAGUAUUAACGAGUUAAUGCUAGGAGUGACAUAUACUUUCUACGCAAAAGAUAAGGUAGUAUCGUUCAUCCUGGAUGAAGAGAAACUCAUAACGGAGGAACCAGUGAGACGCUUUAAAAAAACCCCAACAACUCAAAGUAACACAGCUGAUGUUAAUGUAGAGCAUUGGGAAACAUUGAGAGAAUCAUCUGAAAACACAUCUACUUUCAAGACUUCCUACGUGCAAACAUCUGGCUGGACGUUGACUGCAGGGGCUGAGAUCCCGGUUCCUGAAACUCCAGCGACCAUAUCUGCAACCGUUCAGAAAACCCAAACAGAAAGAUGGGAAAAAACGACAGAAAUUGUUAACAAAGAGGGCACUUCUUUUGAAAUUAAAGUGGAAUUUAUCAUUCCGCCAAAAUCGAUCUUAGUUGUAAGAUUUAUUGAGGAAAUAAGAGAAUUUUCUGCCCCCUACACAAUGACGAUGGAAUCAGGGAGGGUCUGCAGCGGAAUAUGGAAAGCUACGAAUACAACUGUACACACACGUGAAAAAUCCUUUCCAAUGGAUACACCAGGUGACGAGAUCGAAAGAGAACUUAAAAACACUGACAUCUACUAGCCGGACUUCGCAUGCUACGUGACGCAUAUAAUGGCGGUUGGGCGCUACUGCAAGCGCGAGAGGGGUCUGGUUAGAUCUGUACGUGAGAGCCUUGAUUUAUUUUGUGGAUCUCUUUCAGUGACUCCAGAUAUUACCUUUGAACACGUAACGACUAACGGACUUUGAAACAAAAUCUCCUCAAAUCUAACAAAAACUUAAUAAUAUGAACGCGAACAAUUAGCAUGAAUAAUAAAUCUUUAUCUAGAUUUUAAUUUUUACUGUAACAAUUGCAAAUUGGUUUUCUAUAAAUCUGGGAGUGCAUUUUUAUAAGUUAGAUUUUAAUUUUGCAAAUUCAAAAUUAGUUUUCUAUAAAUCUGGGAGUGCAUUUUUUAUAAUAGUUAGAUUUUAAUUUUUACUGUAACAGUUGCAAAUUAGUUUCCUAUAAAUCUGGGAGUGCAUUUUUAUAAGUUAUAUUUUAAUUUUUACUGUAACAAUUGCAAAUUAGUUUUCUAUAAAUCUGGAUGUGCAUUUUUGAAAGUUAGAUUUUAAUUUUUACUGUAACAGUUGCAAAUUAGUUUCCUAUAAAUCUGGGUGUGCAUUUUUGAAAGUUAGAUUUUAAUUUUUAUUGUAACAAUUGCAAAUUAGUUUUUUAUAAAUCUGGCAUGUGCAUUUUUGAAAGUUAGAUUUUAAUUUUUUCUGUAACAGUUGCAAAUUAGUUUCCUAUAAA